AUGGACAGUACAUCAGGCAGUGCGAUGGAGGUGGCAGCACUUGGUCGGCCUUUCAGCGUGGGGAUGCUGUACAACUGUUGCAGUGACGCACUCGUCCCUGGAUUGACUCUGUGGGAUCGUGAUGACCUGAUGAAAGAUAUAGCAGAAAGACCACAGGCCUCUAAUGAGUUUGAAAUUGUUGCAUCUGAAUCAAUUUCAGGCAAAUCUUCAGCUCUAAAUGUUGAUGCUUCACUGAAGGCAAGUUUCCUGAGUGGACUGGUUCAGGUUGAUGGAUCUGCCAAAUAUCUGAAUGAUAGUAAAUCUUCCAGAAAUCAGGCCAGAGUAACACUGAAGUACAAGGCAACCACAAAGAUCCAGGAGCUGUCCAUGAAUCAUCUUGGAAGAGGAAAUGUGAAGCAUCCAUAUGUUUUUGAUCAAGGAUUAGCAACACAUGUGGUCACAGCUAUUCUUUAUGGAGCACAAGCUUUCUUUGUGUUUGACCGUGAAGUUUCUGAACACGAAAAUCAUCAAGAUGUUCAGGGUAACUUGAAGGUGAUCAUCAAGAAGAUUCCCUUACUUUCUGUAGAGGGUGAAGGUUCCCUGAAGAUGGAAGAGAAGGACAAAGCCAGUAUUGAUAAAUUCUCCUGCAGGUUUUAUGGAGACUUUUCUCUUCCAAAACCACCAACAACUUUUCAAGAUGCAAUAAAAGUCUACCAAAGCCUGCCAGGAUUACUGGGAGACAAAGGAGACAAAGCUGUACCAGUGAAGGUCUGGCUGCUGCCACUGACAUGUUUAGAUUCUUCUGCUGCUAAACUCAUCCGUGAGAUCAGUACAGGAUUAGUUCAAGAAGCACAGAGAGCCCUGGAGGACUUCAGUGAGCUGGAAAUGAGGUACAAUGAUGUACUGGGAACCAGCACUGCACAGCAGUUCCCACAGAUUGGUGAAAAAAUGAAAACUUUUAAAGAAAUGUGCUCUGAGUUCAAACUGGAAUUCCAACAAACUUUGGCCAAGAAACUUCCAUCAAUCCGAGGAGGAGGAGAAGAGGAAGCUGAGCUUGCAGAGAUCCUGAAGAAGAGACAUUCUUCACCUUUCAACAGCAAAAACCUGAACGAGUGGAUGGACUGUAAAGAGAGAGAAAUCUACACUUUAAUGUCUUUUACCAGGAUGAUGAAAAACACCAAAAUCAUCUCGUCUCAAAAUGAUCUGUACAAGGAAAGUCUCAGUGCAGAGCAUGUUGUGUGUUUUGUUUUCACCUCUCUGGGAAAGGAUGAACCGUACCUCUCAGCUUUAUCAAAAUACUUAAAAGGAGAAACCAACCCAGACCUUCAAGAUCCUCACACUCAUGAUGUAGAGAAGGAACAAUGGUACGCCUCAAAAGAAGUAACAGCUGAAAUGAGGAGAAAAGCAAAACUCUUCAGUGAUUUUGCAGAGGCCAACAAGGAGAACAAGAACAUGAAGUUCCUGACAGUGGGUUUAACUAAUGAGACACAGGAAGGUUCCAGCAUCUACCUUUAUGAAGGUGGAUUUCCUGUCAGUGAGAACUUUGAGCCUCCUUCAAAGCCUGAAACUGUGACAGCAGCUGACAGAAACCACAACAGUGUGACACUGAAGAUUUCUCCACCCAGAUUUGGAGCAGAGAACAUCACCUCCUACUCUGUUGAGUACUGUGUCAGUGGAGAGGAUGGAUGGCAGCAGAAGACAGAAGCAAAGGCUGAAGAAGUCACAGUGAGAGAUCUGAAGCCAAACACAGAGUAUGUGUUCAGAUGCAGAGCAGUGACCUCAGCAGGUGUCGGGCCAGAUAAUCAAGUUUCUAUUAAAACAACUUCAAGUGGCAGAAACACAGAAACAUGUUUGGCAGAAAAACUGAGACAUAGAAGUGAAAAGAUCAAAUCUGAUUCCCCCUCAGUUUACAAACUGCCUCUGACAGAAGAACACAUGAACAUAGAUGGAUGCAGGAAGUUUAACUUUGGAGAAGAAACUGAGGGGCAGAAUCGUACAAUAAUACUUUUUGGAGCGACUGGAUCAGGAAAGUCCACUCUGAUUGAUGGAAUGAUCAACUACAUUGUUGGUGUAGAGUGGGAGGACAGUUUCAGGUUUAAAUUCAUUAAUGAGGAUCAGUCAACAUCACGAGCUCACAGUCAGACCUCUGAAGUCACUGUUUACAAAAUCAACCACCAGGAUGGAUUUAAAAUCCCGUUCUCUCUGACCAUUGUUGACACUCCAGGCUUUGGAGAUACAAGAGGCAUAGAAAGAGACAGAGAGAUCACAGAGCAGCUACGUAAUCUCUUCUCUGCUCAGCGUGGUGUCACUGACAUUGAUGCUGUGUGUUUUGUAGCUCAGGCUGCUUUAGCUCGACUCACAGCAACACAGAAAUAUGUGUUUGAUUCAGUUUUCUCAAUCUUUGGCAAAGAUGUGACAGAAAACAUCAGGAUCCUGGUGACAUUCACAAACAGCCAACGUCCUCCAGUUCUAGACGCAGUAAAAGCUGCAGGUGUCCCAUGUCCUAAAUCAAAAGACGGGCUGCCGAUUCACUUCAAGUUCAAUGAUUCAGCCUUGUUUGCAGAAAACACAUGUGUCAAAAAAUGCACAGAUGAUGCUGUUGAUGACAAUUACAAUGACGAUGAAGAACAAUAUAAUCAUGAUGAAUAUAAUGAUGAUAUUAGCUUUAAUGAGAUGUUUUGGAACAUGGGGAUGAAAAGCAUGGAGAUAUUUUUUGCUGCUCUGAAUGUGAUUCAAACUAAAAGCUUGACACUGACACAGGAGGUCCUCAGAGCAAGAAAGCAGCUCGAGGAAUCAGUGGAAGAUUUGCAGGAGCAGAUUAAACUUGGAUUAGCCAGGUUUGAAGAGUUAAAAACCACAAGACUUCAACUUGAUGAAUAUGAGGCAGAGAUCAACAGAUAUAGGAACUUUGAGUUUACAGUCGCUGUCAUGAAGCCUUAUAAAGCUCGUAUUUCUGGUAAAGGAAACUUCCUCAUCAACUGUCAGCAGUGUCAUGUCACCUGUUACUAUCCCUCCUCAACAUCCAGGGAUUCAGAGAAAGAAGGCUGUGAAGAAGCUGCAUCACAUGGAUUCUGCACCGAGUGUCCAGGCAAAUGUCACAUUAAUGUCCAUUUUUUACAGAAGUACAAAUGGGAGUAUCAGAGAGUCAGAGAGAAACAAACAGUGAAAGAGCUGAAAGAAAAAUAUCCAAAAACCAACAAAGAUCAGACAGUUGUUGAAGAACUGACAUCAAACCUGAGGGAUGAAGAGUGUCAUCUGCGAAAUGAGGUGAGGAAACUACUGCAGAGAUCUGCUGAGUGUCUGGACAGACUUAGAGAGAUAUCAGUGAAGUCAAAACCUCUCUCCACUGAAGAGUACAUCAAGCUGCUUAUUAACGGAGAAGAAUCAGAGACCAAACAAGGCUGGGAGGAACGAGUUAAAGCCCUGAGAGACAUGGAAGGAAGGGGCCUUUUUAGUCGUUUCAAACUACAUUUUAUGUCACGUUCACAAUUAGUUUCAGCUCCGUAUGAACACUGA